AUGCUAGCUUCAUUGACGAGCCCAGAAGGGGUAGUACCUUGGGAAAAAUUAGCGCAAGCCUGUCGAGAACACGAUCUUUACUUAUACUCCCUUGAAUAUUUGCAUCCUCCACAGCACAUCAAGGAUCAGCUGCUCAUCAAUGGGAGAAAUAACCUGGCACUGAAAAAUCUUAUAUCGGCUCAGUUAAAUCAGACAGCGACGGGACAACCUAUAGCGGUGAACCCAAUUGCUCAAAUCAUGGUAAGUUGUUUCGGUACGCUGUUAGAUCUCGUCCUUCUGACAUUUUCCCGUUGUCAAUUUAUCGUUUCAUUUCCCCUUUGA